CACACACACACACACACACACACACCGGCCACCGCUGCUGCUGCGCCUGCCAGAAUCUCAAUGGGGGGAAAUGACCGCGAGUGACCUUAAAGGAAACACUGUGUUUUACAGACUGCUCGUAUUUUCAUUUUAUACGACAUUAAAGAUUUUUUAACAUCAACACUGAGCUUGACAUUUUUGGGUAAAAUACCUUUAAUUACAGAAAAGGAUAAAGUCUAACGUUAGCUUUUCGGGCGACUGUCUCACUAGCUAACAUUAGCUAGCUGAGCUAAAGUAAGUUAGCCGGGCUUUCUCAUUUUUUCUCUCUCCCGUAGAUGCUAAGCUAAGCUAGGCUAGGCUAAGCUAGCUGCUGCCAUGGAUAAAGCCAAGUCGAUGAUGGACAAGAAGGGAGCGUCGGGACCCUUUCAUGUCAACGGGCAGAGCCAGAGGGGAUUUCACGGACACGUCCCUGUGGCCGCUAACGGCAGCUGUUGCAGCACCAAUGCAUUCGGGUCGAGCGCCGGACCAAACAGUAGCACGUUUGAAAACAUGCAUCAUCUGCACCGCGGGGACGAUGCAGAGUGCAACGGCUCCCCGGCCAAGAGGUGCAGGCUACGGAGGAGGACGGAGUCGGUGCGGCGGAGCAGACCCCCCUUCCCCUGGUUUGGUAUGGACAUUGGUGGCACCUUGGUCAAGUUGGUGUACUUUGAGCCAGUCGACAUAACUGCAGAGGAAGAACAGGAGGAAGUGGAAAACCUGAAGUCCAUCCGCCGCUACCUCACCUCAAACGUGGCCUAUGGUAAAACGGGCGUCCGUGACGUCCACCUGGAGCUGAGGAACCUGACCAUGUGUGGCAGGACAGGGAACCUGCACUUCAUCCGCUUCCCCACACAGGCCAUGCCCCGUUUCAUCCAGAUGGGUCACGACAAGAACUUCUCCAGCCUGCACACGACACUCUGCGCCACCGGCGGCGGCGCAUACAAGUUCGAGAAUGACUUCAGAACGAUGGCCGACCUGGAGCUGCUGAAGCUUGACGAGCUGGACUGCCUGAUCCGCGGCCUGCUGUAUGUCGACCGGGUGGGCUUCAACGGACACCCAGAGUGCUACUAUUUCCAGAACCCGUCAGACACCCAGAGCUGCGUGAAGAAGCCCUGCACCCUGGACAACCCCUUCCCCAUGCUGCUGGUCAACAUCGGCUCCGGGGUCUCCAUCCUGGCCGUGUACUCAGAGAACAACUACAAACGGGUGACUGGGACCAGUUUGGGAGGUGGUACAUUCCUGGGCCUUUGCUGUCUGCUGACGGGCUGCGAGACGUUUGAGGAGGCGUUGGAAAUGGCCAGCAAAGGUGACUCUACCAAUGUGGACAAACUGGUGAAAGAUAUCUAUGGAGGAGACUACGAACGCUUUGGCCUACAGGGCUCCGCUGUGGCGUCCAGUUUUGGUCACAUGAUGAGCAAAGAGAAGCGCGACAGCAUCAGUAAGGAGGACCUGGCCAGAGCCACACUGGUCACCAUCACUAAUAACAUAGGAUCCAUAGCACGGAUGUGUGCUGUCAACGAGAAAAUCGAGCGUGUGGUGUUUGUCGGGAACUUCCUUCGCAUCAACACAGUGUCCACAAAGCUGCUAGCCUAUGCCAUGGACUUCUGGUCUAAAGGACAACUAAGAGCCCUCUUCCUGGAACAUGAGGGUUAUUUUGGAGCUGUUGGAGCACUGAUGGAGCUGCUGAAGCCAACAGAGGACCCGUGAAGUAAAGAGUGUGAAUGACAUCUUCAACACUGGACAAGACGAUGUCAUACACCCCCGUACGCUGUGAUGUCACCUCCACUCGAUGCUGUGACGUCAUCGACUUAUUUUGACGCUGCUGAAAGGUCUCGUUCACAGAGGCCGCUGAAGGAACACUAAUAGACACAGAAACUGAGAAAAGCCAUUUUAAUAAUUUAACUCUUGUAAAUAAUAAUAACCUCUAACACUCACUUCCUGAAUUUCCCAAACAGAGUCCCCCUAUCAAAGAGGUUUUAAUAUUGUAAUCUUUAAUUUAUGGUUUCCUGUAAUCAUCUCUGUUGUUUCCUGUAAUUAGUCCUCUGUCAGUAAGCACAGAGACGAGAGUAUUUUUCGUGUUUUUUGUUACUACGUGAGAUAGUGUGAAUAGCUACUGUAGCAUUACAUCCUGGAGGCUGCGGUGCCCCAGAUGACUAUUUGUGCAACAGUUCUUCAAAACAGGAUUCUUUGCACAGAAAUUACUCUUGAAUGAGUAAUUUUUACCACGAGGGACAAAAGGAAAUUCCUUCUCUGCAACCGCAAGAAACAUCAUUUGACCGCUAAUGCCUGCUGCCUUCAUCCGUCAGCUGUAGUCGAACGUUUGGGUAAUGUUAACUUAAGAAUGCAGUUAGUGGUCAGCCGGCUCCUCAGUGCAGCUGGGCAGUGGUUGUGGCGGUAACUAAGGUUCAGGUGGUAUUCUGCUGCCUGUCUGUUGCACAAAAAGUUGCCCACCGUGCUCCUUCUGAGGAGUGCACUCAAGCCAAAUCCUGUUGAGAUUCGUACGACACCUGCCUGCUUCAACUCAUAUGGGAAACAGAAAAACAUCAUUUCUGUCGCUCCACUGCAUAUUGCCUUUGCAUUUCGUCUCCCCUCAGUCUGCCUUCUUGUUAACAAUAUUAACAACCCCAUAUUACGACAUAUAUAGUGUUCAGUGAGUUUAGUGUUAGAUGAUGGGACCAAGACGUUGUCUUCCAACGAUUAACGCGACAGCUGUGGCUGCACUGUUGAUCUCUGGUGACUGGCAUGACUACAACUUCAGUUCAUGUCUGUUGGGAAUGGUUUGUUCUUUUCCUCUCGUCCUUCUCCUGUCUGUCGGUGUCUAAUUCGAAGACACUUCAGCAGGGUGAAGUCCUGUUUCUCACCCUCUGACUCCUCUUCGAGCCAGAUGCCUUGUUUGGAUGUUAAAAUUGGGAUUUACUGAGGCGUUCGGGCUGAGAUUACGUCAGCUACAUUUGAAUCUCGACAUAAAAGAGAUGGACCAAGAUGCUUUUAGUCAAGAGUUGUCCAUUAUGUAAAAUACAUAAAUGCAAAUUUUCUGGCAUCAGAAUGAGUUCAACCACUCUAAAUUAGAUUGUUCUUUAACUGUCUAAUGGUGCGGUUAUUGUGUGCGGUUAGUAUUUGUUGAUUUGUUCUCUAAGUACAACCUUUGUACUCACAAACAACAAGAAAAUAUGUCAUCCUACACUUUCAAAAAGCUAUCUUACAGUAGUUGGCUAUCAUUAUGCCGCUAUAAUACUGAUGAUGACUGUUCAUCUUUCUUAGACCAUCUCAGAUAUGCUGUGCUGACUUAGGUCACACACGCACAGUUUGCUUGCCUCAGUCUUUCUUCUAGGAUGGAAAACCCUCAUACUUGCCUUGAUUGCCUGCAGUAGUGCUCUGUCCUUCUGCCACUUUUUAAAGGGAUCCUAACUGAUCUGCAAUAAUUUGGGGAAGGUGGAAUCGUAAAUUAGACGUACCCGUCAUCCUAUAGGCGAGGUUUGCUUGUAUUCAUUAUGCGAGAGAGGCUUCGUCAUCAGUGGUUGGAUUAUCAUAGCCGAGAAACAUGGACGACUAAGUUGUAGGUUUCUGUGAUGUGGUGACGCCUCCCUCCCUCCAGCCUGGACCUUAACAGCCUUUCUUGUCAAAGCAGCUCAACUACAAAGCUGCAGUCUCCACUCUCCACUGCUUUUAUAUGUGUUGUACCUCUGUAUUACAUGCCAAUGCUCUCCAUCGGAGAAACUGUUCUGUCCCCUUUUUGAAGCCACUCUUCAUGUAAUUCACCUCAAGCUCUCAGUUUUUAUACUCUUGACAAUUUGUUGUGAUACCUCCAGACCAUCCCCGCCAACACUUUCAGGUCCAUUAGUUUUCUGUGUUUCUUAGCCUGAUGUGCAAGUAUUAGUUCAUCUCUGGGGAUGUUAUUGACAGGACUCUGCAGUUUUUUUAAUUUAUCGUACAGUAUAACAAAGGUGAACUCCUUAUCAGCUAGUUGAAUGUUAUGUAAGUAUUGUGAACAUAUUACUGACAAAAUCAGUUAAUUCGAGUUGGUUAUCUCCACUUCACCAUCUAAUGUACCCAUGAGCUAUACUUUGACCCUGACAAAUAACAUGUUUACUGCUAUGCAGUUCUUUUUUUUUAGUUAAUAUGUAAAAAGCCACAUAGGACAGUUGUAUUAUAGACCACAUAGUUCUCAGAAAGGUUUUAGUUCAGGCUGAUAUUUUGUCUACAGGGACUCAUAAUAGACUAACAUCUAAGAGGUUUUGCUGUGAAAUUGAAUAUGCACCACGUGUUUUUAAAGUACAGAUUGAAUGCAGUCAAAAUAGAUGAGGAUCUGGUGACAGAAUAAACACAUUUUAGAGAGUAAAUGCUCUGUAGUUCAUCAUAGUAAAAUUGGAUAAAAAUAGUGUUUUUCUUCUGUGGAUAUAUUGAGUGUAGCAGGAUUCAUUAACCACGGAUUGGCUUCAGUAAUCUAAAUGUCAGCACUUAUGCAAAUGUUAAAAGUAAGACUGUGAUGAAAUACUAUUUGACUAGUAGUGUUUUGGAGUUUUGCAACCGUUUCCUCUGAAAACACAAAGUGAUCUUUGUGUUUGAUCCUGCAUGUUUUCAGCUGUGACGACACUGCAAAUGUUCUUUUCUGGUGCUUUUUUUUCUUUUGUCUGUUCUUUGCCUUGUUUGGAUGACACCAGUGGCCUCGACCUGUCAGGUGUUGGUUACCUUGUGCCACCCCUUCUUUCUUAUCAGUUGCCUUCACUGUCUGUCAGCCUGGUACCACCAUGUCUGUGCCCUUCAGUUUCCCACGUGGUUUAAUUUCAAUGUAAUUUCUGUUUUUUUGUUUGUUUGUUUUUUUUGUUUGCUGUUGUACUUUAAAAAGUUCAGUGCAGUUAAACUUCUUGAUAUUCACAGCUGACCUACUAGUCCCAAAGUGUGACGUAAGAAAACAACAACAACAUUAAUUUCCACUUGAUUAUUUCAAAAGUCACAGCAUAUUUAGGUAUCACAGAUUAUUAACAAUGUGAACUAGAAUUUUUUUAAAAACUCUAGUUCCUUAGCAUUUCUUUUCAUUAGGGUUUUGGGCAGCAGUUUGGUUUGGGAACACUUAGAAAUGGUACGUCCUUUUACGUUGUGGCCAGUUAUAGUAAUGUAAGUUAACGUGUUUUUCAAACGUGAUAUGAAAAUACUAUUAUACUGAAUUUCUCUUCAUGGUUUAACUGUUUUGAGUUGGCACAAAAGAACCAGCGUGAUUGUCCUUAGAGAUGUAACUACCCGCCUUUUCAAACAUGUUUAUGAUUCGCAGCACUUAUAAAAGUGUCUCACUGCGAGUUUUACCUUUUUCAACACGUAUCAUCAGUGUGGAAGCUUUUUAUGUCAAAACAGGUGAACACCCAAGUAGAAGGAGAAUUUACUGUACAUUUUUAACUUUUUGCAGUCUGCUGUGGUGUACAGAUGACCUGUUGCUGAUUUUAAACUGUACCUGUAUGUUUUCAAUGUUGAUAUAACUGUUAUAAUUUCCACACUCAACUAAUCUGAAACUGUUCUAAUCCAGAGUUACUGGCCGCCAUGUGUUUUUCAUGAGGUCAAGUAUUUUUGGACCUCACUGUUGUAGUCCAGUUUAAGUGUUUCGGACUCCAAAAACCGAAUCAGUAACGCUGGAAUUUCAAGUUCACAGAAAGUGUUUGUUUCAUGCAUCAACACGAAUGAGACCCAUCACUCAAGGCAGUGUCACAUCUUACCGUGCUGACAUUUUCGUGAAGUUUGGUCCCUUUUAAAAGUGUUUCACACAUUGUGUAUGACUACAUCGACACAGUAUGAAGCAAGAAUUCAGUCAUUUAAGUAAACUGGAUAUCAAGUAGUGAUUCUCUGCUCUCAUGAGUCAGUGUGUGGGUGUUUGUCUGCUUUGAUCACAGUCUGAGUUGUGAUUUUAAAGUUUGAACCUUUCUAAUGCUGCGUUUUGAGUUUAUUUCCCACUGGGACCACCUGUGCUCAAAUCAGUAUAUUCUUUCUCUGUAUUGUAAGCGUCUUUGGCUUAAAUCACCCACCGAAUUGCAAAUGGUAUGUCAUCCAAAAGUGAAAACUAACCAACAGGCUAUGCAGUAACUCAUCCAUGGAUCUUUUUGUCCCUUUCUCUUAUCUCUUCUCUAAAGCUACCAGAGUUGAUUUGGCUUGUUUGUAAAUGUUUUUAAGUAAAAUAUGCAAUGCUGUUAGUUUUUCCCUGUUAAAAAUCCUGUUUGAAUACUGACAGAGAGAGUUUUCUCCUCUUGAAGUUUGUCCUGCUGACUCCGUUGUUAACACUAUUUAAGGUGGAUUCUUGCAACAGGAUGCUUUAGGCCUAGUUAAGCACCCGACUGAGCGUACCAAGCUUGCUUUUUCAGUGUGAUAUUUGUGACCUUAUCAUGUUAAAUAUGUCAUAAAGUCAUUGACACAUACAGUAACAAGCUUUAGCAUCCCUGAAGUUCUUUUUGAGUGGUUCUCCCAUGGCAGGCCCUUAUCAUAUCCAAACUGUGGAUGAGAUGAGGGCCUUGUUGGCCUUGUUGAAUGAAUGGUGAGAAGUAAUUCAAAUAGGCUGAAGAUCUGUGACAAUGUUCAUUUUUAUCUUUAACUGUGUUAGUGUAGGGUAGAUAGCAAACUGUCAACUCCUUGCUGCUGUCGAACCUCAAGUCGGGUCCUCGUCAAAGUGAGAUAAUGUUGCUUGUGACCUUGUGACCUUUUGCUUGUGUUUUUCGCCCCACGUUGCUAAGCUUUUUAGGAUUUCCUCACAGGUUCUUAAUCUGGUCAAACAUCUUGUUGCGUGAACUCAUUCAACCUUUAAACUGUCUUCUGGAAUGCUUGACCGGCAGGACAGACCUUUUCACCCCUGUGGAUUUGAUUGUACAAAGAUUUUGUAAAUAAUAUUAAUAUGAUAUAUUCUACACCAGCAAUCUGUCUGUUGAUGAAGUUGUUUCAACUGUUCAGGGUCGGGUUUCCCAAAUACAACUUGGCACUUCAUUUACAAUCCUAACGCAGACAGAAGACACACCGAGGCAAACCACUUUCCUCUGCAGCUCCAUCACAUUUACCAACAACUUUACCAGAGCUGUGAUAAGUAGUAUUCAAUAAAACCUUCAGCAGUCUGUCCUAAUCUCUUUGUGGUGUCCAAUUGGUGAGAUUUUCUUCAUUUCGAUUUUUUUUUCACUUAUUGUCACUUUAAUAUCAUUAAAUUUAUUUGUGGGACAGUUUUACUUAGAUUGAAAAAAAAAAAUUAAAACUGAGUCAUACUUACCCUAAAUGGUGAUGAGAAUCAAAGGAGGAAAGUAUGUUGUUUAACAUCCAGGUGUUGUUCUGUGUUGGCUUUCAGUGCCAGUUGUUCACACUGAUUCCUCUAUGAUCUGGAUUUAGUUGUGAAAUUUUUGGGAAGCCCAGUGCUGGUUGUUGCAUCAGUUCUGCUGCUGCUUUUAACUGGGUUGAAAACCGAAAGGAUUAAAAAGGAAAAUAAAUGACAAUUUAAAACAAAUGGCUUCCUCCGUUGUGCAAUGCGUGUGUACUGAAGUGAAGAGAUUUCUUUUUUCUAUAAAGGAAUUAAACUAAAACUGGA